AUUCAUGAAUGUGCAAUUGAGACAGUUGCUGAUAAAUACGUAAGAUUCUUAAUUCGUGGAAAAUUGGGACGUACAGUGCCUGUGAUUUUAGACAUGGUAUUAGUUCAAUGUGUUGAACUAAUUUUGAACCAGCGAAAGGAUGCAAAUGUUCCUGAGAAAAAUCCGUAUGUGUUUGGCAUACCUAGUAGUACCAAACGUCAUUUCAAAUAUUUAAGAGCGUGUAUCCUUAUGCGAUAUUUUUCUAAAAAAUGUGAUGCACAAAUACCACAUUCUUUAAGAGGUACUGAAUUACGUAAACAUAUUGCUACAACAUGCAUUACGUUAAAUUUAUCUGACAAUGAAGUGGAUGAUUUGGCGAACUUUAUGGGACAUCACGAGAAAAUUCAUAAACGCCAUUAUCGACAGUCAAUAGCAGCUGUAGAGAUAGUUCGUAUGACGAAAUUUCUUGAAGCAGCAUUAGGUGAAAAUGAGCAACAGCAAUCUAAUAAUAGUGAUUCAGAAGAGGAAGAGAUGCAAGAAACAAACAAAGAUACUUCGAGUGCAGAAUCGGAAAACGAUGCCGAAACAUGUAUGAUAAGUUCACGUAAGCCUUCUUUAUUACGAACAGAAAGGAAAUUACCGAAAUUUCUUAGCGUAACAGAUGAACAACAAAAAUCUGUAAAAAAGAAAAUCGUGCAUCAAAACCAUACUAUAGUGAAUAAUGACAAUGAUUCUGACGAAACUUAUUCCCCAAAGAUAAAGAAACGUGGCAGUACAUCUCCAUUUGGUAUAACAAAACGAAGACGUUGGACGGAAGAAGAACGUAAUACAAUAUUGAAAGAAUUUCAAAAAGAAAUUACCACUUCACAGCUGCCAUCUAACAAAAAAAUUUCCUGUAUAAAAGAAAAAAAUAAGUGCUUAUUUAAUCGAUCCGUUGCUCAAAUUAAAACGUGGAUCCAUAACUAUAUAUCUGGCAAAUUUAAGCGUCACUAAAUGAAUAAAUAUUUUUUCAGAAAAUAUUUAUUUAGUCAAAUCG